AUGGGGACUUUUGGCAAAUACGUGGAUUUGAUUCCUUGCACACAUACUACAGGUUUGGAUAAGAGAUAG